GGACGGCCGACGGGGCCUCCGCGCAGGACCGCCCUCCGUCGGGCGCGCCAACUCUUCCUGAUGCCGUUAUGGGCCAGAUGGACGACUGGGAGCGCCAGGAGACCGGGGCUGGGAUCCCCUAUUACGUCAGCCACCGGUUGGAGAAGACCCAGUGGGACCACCCGGAGAUGGUGGCCAUCAUGGACAAGCUGACCUCUUUCAACGACAUCAAGUAUGCCGCCUACCGCACGGGGGCCAAACUCAUCUGCCUGCAGAAGGAGCUGCUGCUGAGCAAUGUGCACGUGUCCAUGCUGCCCGGUGUGUUUGGCUGCCGGGGACUGGAGGGUAGCGGGCAGCAGGAGCUGCUGCUGGGCUGCUCUCAGGCAGAGGCCGUUCUGGAGGAGCUCUACCGCAGGGCCCCCGGGGUGCACCAGCAGAAGGUGCCCCUGCUCGCAGCCCUGGCCCUCAACCUGCUGCAGAACCUCUUCGACGCGAAGCGCAAGGGCACCAUCCAGGUGGUGCAGAUGAAGGUGGCCCUGUUUGUGCUGUGUGCCGGCCGGCUGCUGGACAAGCUCAAGUACAUGUGCGGGGAGCUCCAGGACGGCAGCCAGCGCAUCCCGCUGGAGGGCCUGGAGGCCUUUCUGCACAACAUCUCCAAGGUCCCGGAGCUGCUCGGGGAGAAGCUGUCUUUCGGGGCCCACCUGGUGCCCGCGGCCGUCGAGAGCUGCCGCAAGUUGUGCUCCCAGCCGAGCGUGCCGAGCGACCUCUUCCUGGGCUGGCUGCUGCGGGAGCCCCAGAACCUGGUCUGGAUCUCCACCUUCUACCGGAUGAGGUCCACUGAGAACGUAGCGCACCCGGUCAAGUGUGGCGCCUGCAAGGCCAGCCCCGUGGUGGGCCUUAGGUACCAGUGCCUGCAGUGCCUGGGAUACGACCUGUGCCAGAGCUGCUUCCUGCACGGCAUGAUCAGCAAAAACCACUCCAUCAAGCACCGCAUGCAGGAGCACUGCCAACAGACGUCCUCCUGGGAGAAGGUGAAGGCGGUGCUGAAGACCCUGAGCCUAAAGCUGCAGCGCUGGAAGCGAGAGCCCCGCCCCAGCUACCUGCCCCUCCAGGCAGCUGAGCCCAGGCACGGAUAACCCCUGGUGUCGUCUUCGGGCCCCCACGCCCACCGGGUGGACGGGGCAGGAGCUCCGCCGACCCAGGGGUCCCCGCAGCACGGCCGCCCAUGCCUGGACACCCUGCACCAGCAGGAGCUGGAGAGCAUCGUGGAGCGCCUCGAGAGGGGCAACAGGAGCCUGGCCAAGGAGGUGGCCUCAAGAGAACUGUGCGGCCCGGCCGGGGCGGCGGUGCCCUCGUCGCCAGUGCAUCAGCGCCACCUGCAGCAGCACCUGGUGCAGGUGGAGGCGCAGCUCAGGCGCAUGCGGGCCCUGCUACAGGUGCUGUCGCGGGAUGCAGAGCCCCCGCCCCGGGGCCCGGGUGUCUGGCUGCAGAGCACCCCCAUGCAGUGCCCGGCCAACGGGACCCAGCCGGGCAGCAUGGACCGCUUCGUGGAGAUCCACCGGGGCCUGAAGGCACUCGAGGCCCCCUUGCCCCCUCCCCCGUGGGAAGUCCACGCGCCCAGCCCCAUCGCGGCUGCACCCGCCCCCACGAGCCGUCCCGCCCCUUGGGGGGCGUCCCCCCUCGGGGUACCCGAGGGCCCCUCCCUCCCUUCCCCGCCCCUGGGGGACUCCAGCGAGUGCAGCUUUGGGGACCUGACGUGUCCCUCGGCCCACGCGGAGCGGGCCCCCGUCGUCCCGGCCAACGGACGCGUGCCCUGCCACCCGCUCGACGGGGAGCUGGAAAGCAUCCUGCGCCAGCUCGACGACCUCCUCAGCGAGCCCAAGCAAGGCUACAGCUCCGCGACGGUGAACGUCAUGGAGACGGUGAACCAGGUUCAGCAGGUCAUGGAUCGCAUGAAGCAGGGCUGCUGAGGCCUGCCCCGCCCCCACCCCCGUGCCUUGCCCCCGCCCCGGGGCCUCCCACAGAGUUCCUAGCAAGAAUCAAAAGUUGCUGCCUCGGACCAAAGCCCGUCUCGGGCACCUCCCCGUCGCCAAGACCACCUCUGUGCCGAAAGUCGCGAGAAGCCGUCUCUUGCGGCAUCUUUCUAAGCGACUGGAGAAAGUUUAUUUCUGCCUCGGUGCCGCAUUUACGAGCCCUCAAGGAGGGACGCAAUGCUCGUAACCGAAAAAAUGAAGCGCAACUUCUGGAUGCGGCUUAGAAAAUAACCUUGUUUUCCAAAAAAUGAUGUUGGGGAGAGUUUACCGAACGUUCUGCAAUGAUGCCUUUUUGUUUUUUGCCACGAGAAGAGACAAUGAUACUCAAAGUUUGUUAUUCGAAACGCUCGAAAGCACCGUCCAGGAAUGCCUGUAAAUCUAAGAAAUGCGGCAGCGAGGCCCCUUUGUUAGUCUUGUUUUCGCGUGUAAAAGAAGGAAAAAUGUGCGUACCAUCUAGAAACAACUUCGACGGGACUUGUCUUAUAUUGCGUGGGUACGCCACGAGGUAGCUUUACAUUGUCGGUACUGCCAUCUUCAAAAACCUUGUUUCCUCUCCAUUUUGCGAGGCUUCCAGUCUAGCCUCGGGUUGUUGUGACGGGCCGUGUUGUUGGCUCGCGCACCUCUUUGUUGGCAGUCCGGGUGGGCUGCGGUCGAGGGUGGUGUACAUUGUACUUAACCUUCUUUUCCGUCGCAUACCUUGUGGAGGGAAGUAUUAACGAUUUUGAUACACCUAAUAUAUGGCCCCCGAGCGAGGUGGCUCGCCGCGGAAGCCGCAGUGCCAAUUCUGGGAUCAAGAUUCUGGAAAAUAAAGUGCUGUUUGCUGCGCAGAA